ACCAUCCUACCCGCCCAGAGGGCGGAGGAACACAUCUAUGUGGACACGGACACUGCGAAGGUGGACACCAAGUCUGGCACAGUCCUUGAGCUCCCUAGCCGGCCGUGGGAAGCCAUGCAGGAUGAAGAUGGCUACAUGGCCCUAAAUAUUAAAGAUCCCAAACCAGCGGUGGCCUCAGAUGUCCCAGCAGCCUCUUCCUGGUGGCGUGUGAUGGCUUUGACUUUGCUCAUCCUGUGCAUGGGGAUGGUUGUUGGUCUGGUGGCUCUGGGGAUUAUGUCUGUCACGCAACAAAACUACCUACAAAUGGAGAAGGAAAAUCUCUCAGAAACCCUGCAACACGUAGCAAAACUCUUCUGCCAAGACUUAAUAAAACAGUCAGAAAAGCAAGGAAUUUUCAAUCACAAAUGCAGCCCCUGUGAAACCAACUGGAGGUACCAUGGUGACGGUUGUUACGGAUUCUAUAUGCACAAUGUGACGUGGGAAGAGGGGAAGCAGUUCUGUGCCAACGUGAAUGCUACUCUUCUGAAGAUAACCAGCCGGGACAUUCUGGAUUACCUGCGAAGCAGAACCGGCCUAAUUCGUUGGAUUGGAUUGUCUCGCCGGAGCUCCAAUGAGUCCUGGACAUGGGAAGAUGGUUCAGUUUUCUUCAAAAGUGUAUUUAAGUUUGCUGAAGAGGUCAAAGAAAAUAUGAACUGUGCCUAUUUUCUCGAUGGGAAAGUCUACGCUACCUUCUGUGAGGACAAACAUUAUUUAAUGUGUGAGAGAAAGGCUGGCAUGGUGAGGGUGGAUUAUCUGCUUUAAUGCAAAGAAGUAGACAUGAUAACAAGUCAGGUGCUUGAUUGUACAAUAAAAUAUUUAGAUGAAGGAAA